UACUGAAAAAGGAACACGAAAGGAGGAGGAAACAAAAAAACAAAAAAAAAAGAGCUCGAGCUCAGUCCUCAUGCAAUUCUAGGGUUUCACACGAUCAAGAGCGAGAGAGGAGAGAGGAGAGAGGAGAGAGAAAGAUGAAGUCUUCUCUGAAGAAGCUUAGGGGAUUCGCUCUCAAUAAGAACGACCCCAGAGAGAGGAGAGGGAAUCGAGCCCCAGCUCACAUCGACGAGCUCAUCCAAGCAUCAGAGGACAUGUCAGACAUGAAGGAUUGCUAUGACAACCUACUUUCUGCAGCAGCAGCUACUGCAAAUAGUGCAUAUGAGUUCUCAGAAGCCCUUCGGGAAAUGGGUACUUGUCUACUUGAGAAAACUGCACUGAAUGAUGAUGAGGAAAGUGGUAGGGUUUUGUUGAUGAUGGGGAAAGUGCAGUUUGAACUUCAGAAACUUGUUGAUAGUUAUAGGGUGCAUAUCAUCCAAACUAUUACAACUCCAUCAGAGUCUCUUCUAAAGGAGCUCCAAACUGUGGAGGAGAUGAAACGUCAGUGUGAUGAUAAACGAGAUGUGUAUAAAUACAUAUUGGCGGCACAGAAUGAAAAGGGAAAGUCAAGAAGUUCCAAAGGCGAAAGCUUUUCGUUACAGCAAUUGCAAGAAGCUAAAGAAGAUUAUGAGGAGGAGGCAAAUUUGUUUGUCUUUCGCUUAAAAUCGUUAAAGCAAGGGCAAUCUCACAGUCUUUUGACACAGGCUGCUCGGCAUCAUGCUGCACAGUUAAAUUUCUUUCGGAAAGGAGUCAAGUCACUUGAGUUGGUUGAGCCGCACGUCAAAGUGGUUGCUGAACAACGACAUAUUGAUUAUCAGUUCAGUGGACUUGAAGAUGAUUACACAGAGGAUGACAAUGACAAUAGUGAUGAUUAUGAUGGCAAUGCUGACGGGGAAUUGAGUUUUGAUUACGGAGCAAAUGACCAAGGUCAAGACGUUGUCUCCUUAUCCAGAAACUCGAUGGAGGAAGGUUUAGACAGAAGUCAGAUAGAUUUUGCGUCUUUCACAAGGAGGCCAAGGUCUGUUAGCCAAUCGGCACCAAUUUUAGCUAAUAAAUUUGAAUCAUCUGAAAGAAUAGAUCUCAUACGACCUUCAUCAACAAGAAAAUCCAACACAUAUGUUUUACCGACACCAGCAGAUACAAAGAGAUCACCUUCCCCACCGGAGCCAAAUAGGCUUGUGAAAGAUAUAAAAAAUGAACGGUCAGGUCCCCCCAGAAUACCUAAAGCACAGUCAAUUCUCAAAGAGAGCAAUACAAACAGUGGGCUUAUCAAAUUACCACUUCCAUUGGCCGAAGGGUUUUCACUAUCGCAGUUUGAUUUUCAUAGUACUUCAGAGACUAAUAAAAAGAUUAAAAGGCCAUCUUACUCGGGUCCACUGACUACCAACAAAACUUGGUCUAGCAAAUCAACAUCUUCUGCAGGUGAAAAUCCUCCUCGUAUUUCUCUCCAGCAAUCUCUAUCUCCAAAAGUAUCGCCAAGCGUAUCACCUCCUACAUUGUCACCAAGAAUCAGCGAGGUUCACAAACUUCCGAGACCUCCAACCAUUUCUCAGAAACCUACGAGACCAUCGAGCUUGGUUGGCCAUUCAGCCCCUUUGGUGCCUAGGGCUCAAGAGUUUCAUUCUGUAACCAAAAAGCCAACAGUUCCAUUGCAGAAAGGAUCGCCGCUACCGACCCCACCUGUAAUUAUGGCCCGUAGUUUUUCUAUACCCUCUAGUGGGCAAAGAAUACCAACUAAAUUGUUGGACCAUCAUACUGACAUGAAUAAAGACAGUUCUUCACCUACUUUGACGCCUAUAUCUCUCACAAGUAAUCAAUCAGCUUCGGAACAAAGUCGUUAUAUCUACUGAGCCGAAAGGUUUAUCAUGAUGAUGCCCUGCUCUUGCUGAUAGAAUCCCUCAAGGUGUCAGCGAUUCAGUUGGUUGGUGUACAUGAAAACCUGUGCAUUCUUACUUUUCGCCCCCUCCAUAAAUGUCCACUUAUGUUGUCUAUUGAUAUGGUUAAGAUCAAGUGCUGAUCCUGUCCAAAUAAUGUAUCUCUUCAUAGUUAAAAAAUUUUGUUUCCAGUGACUCACAAUGCUCUCUGUCUCAUUCUGAUAAAAUAUGAAUAAUUUCUGUUCUCGUGUGCUCGUCAUUGUCGAUACAGAAACGUCUCAGUUUAAGCUCUUAGAAGAGGGCAUUGCUACGAGAUGAUGAGAAGAAAUUUGUAAUUUGCAUUGCUACGAGAUGAAGAGAAGAAAUUUGUAAUUUGCAUUGCUACGAGAUGAAGAGAAGAAAUUUGUAAUUAGCUUAAAGUUUGAUGAUUUUGGCACAGUUUGUUCUCAAGUUUUAACAGGUUACCAUACUAAAUAAAGUGAGAACUAUCCUUCA